AUGCAAGCCACCCAGAGCCAUGCUGGAGGGAAAAACAUUCAGCAACCUGUUUUGGUCGAAAGGCAUCGUUCUGCAGUAGCAAAGACCAUCAAUCUUUCCAAAGGCAGGAGGAGAAACAGAGUCACAGAAGCUCAGGAUGGACCUCCUUCCAUAUUUCUCAAUAGAGACUUGGGCACUUCUUUAUUCAUUGGCCUUCUGAUAUAUGGAAUCUGGCCUUAUGGCAUCUUCAGAAAAUUGGGCAAUCCAGGCCCAAUUCCUUUGCCUUUCAUUGGAACCACCUUCUGGCAUCGUUAUGGAAGAAUCAAGUUUGAUAUAGGCUGUUUUAGAAAAUAUGGUAGAAUCUGGGGGACUUACGAUGGACGUCAGCCUGUGCUGGUUGUAACCAACCCUACUGUAAUUAAAACUGUACUGGUAAAAGAGUGUUAUUCCUCCUUCCUCAAUCAUUGGAGAGCCAGAAUCUUUGGUGCCUACAGUAUGGAUGUGAUCACUAGCACCUCUUUUGGUGUCAACACAGACUCUAUGAACAAUCCCAAAGACCCCUUCGUCCAACAGGCAAAGAAACUGAUAAGCUUUGACAUAUUUUCCCCGCUGUUUAUAUUACUAUAUGUUGCCCCAUGGCUAACCCCUCUUCUCGACAGGAUGAAUAUAAAUAUAUUUUCCAACGGAGCCAUAGAAUUCUUUGCAAGGUCUAUAACAAAAAUAAAGGAGAAGCAGGCCCAGGAAAGUGAAAAGGCAAGAGUGGAUUUCUUGCAACUGAUGCUAGAAUCUCAGAAAUCAGUGAUAAACCAUGAGAGCGAUGGUGUGAAUCACACCUAUAAAGGUUUGACUGACAGUGAGAUUCUGGUUCAAGCCAUUGUAUUCAUAUUUGCUGGCUAUGAGACCAUCAGCAAAACCCUCUGCUAUUUGAUGUAUGAGCUGGCCAUCCACCCUGACAUGCAGCAAAAACUGCAGGAACAGAUUGAUGAGUUUCUGUCUAACGAGAUGGGUGGCACACAAGCUCCAGUCACCUAUGACACCCUCAUGCAAAUGGACUAUCUUGAUAUGGUCAUCAGUGAAACCCUCUGGAUGCACCCAGUGGUUGGGCGUCUACAAAGAGUGUGCAAAAAAGCCAUCGAGAUAAACAGAAUCACCAUUCCAAAAGGGAUGGUGAUUGUGAUUCCACCCGAUGUCUUGCAUUGUGAUCCAGAACACUGGCCUGAACCUGAACAAUUUAGACCUGAAAAAUUCAGCAAAGAGGUCAAAGAAAGUAUCAACCCCUAUGUUUAUUUGCCUUUCGGAGCUGGCCCCAGGAACUGCAUCAGGAUGAGAUUUGCCCUCCUUACCAUGAAGGCCACUGUGGCCAGCCUCCUGCAGCAUUUCACCUUCCAGCCCUGCAAAGAAACUCAGAUCCCACUGGUAUUAAUUUCAAAAGGAGUCACAAAACCUGCGAAACCCAUCAUCUUGAAGAUCAUCCACAGAGCCAAAACCAAGGCAUAG